AUGUGUCGGAGCUCGUCCUACUUCUCCUCAUGCCGCAGCCCAUUUCGAGGCUGCAGCAAAGACCCUACCCCGUCUCCAACCAAUACUUACUCUCUACUCACUCCAGGCCUCAUAAUCGCCGCCUCCGUCCUCGUCGCCGCGGGCAUCGCCUUCUACGAGAACCCCCAAGUCCGGCAAUGGGUCGACCAAUCGCGUCGGAAGAUCGCCAUCGCGCUAUACAGCCUCGGCGAUGAGCUACAACCUGAGCGCAGCAACAACCAGUCACAGCGUCAGUCCGAGGAGCACCGACGGAGACGACGCGAGGAGAUCGUGAGGCGAAACCGGAGGGAGCUGAUCAGGAGAGCACAGGAGGAGGGCGUCGCUGUCGAUCUCGACGAGCUAGAAAGGGUAGGGAGGGAGGCAGAGGAGGAGCUAGGAAGAACGACCACGCAGCGCAGCAACGCCAGCAGAAGCUUCGAUGAGCUGGUUGGGAGCGAUGGCAGACUUCACCAGUCUUGCGGCCUAGAUGAGGGCGAAGACGAAGAUCUCAAGGCCGCGAUAGCCGCAUCGCUGGCCGAUAUGGAAGAGCAGCAGAGAAAGGAGGCCGCUGAGAUCGCCACCGCUCUCGAGGCAAGUGAAGCUGCUCAGCGCCUUCGUCGUCGCGGUGCAGGCGCUCGUGGACUUGCCGCCGGUGCAGCGUUCGGCAACCCCUUCGCGGACGACGACGUCCAGCUCCUGUUCGACCAGGAGUUGAUCGACAUCGGCCGGGACGAAGCUCCCCAUGCAGAGGCAGACACGGCUAGGGUCUCACGUGAGAGCACAGAGACGCUGGCGGGUGUGGAAGUGGCUGUAUGGAGCCAGCUCGUCGAUACUUCUGAGCCCGAUCCGGCGAUCUCGGUCCCAGAGCUGCCGCAGGUCCAGCGCCAGCCUGAGAUGUCGCAGAUUUCGUCCGUGCCUGCUAUUUCUGAGCCGCUUGAUGCAUCUUACGCCUCCUUCCACUCUACCGCUACUGGACCCGUGGCUGCUGAGGAGAUUCAUAGCACAGGCACGCUUACCCCGACGGAGGACGGCUUCUCAACUGCCGCGUCGCUUACUGGCAGCAACGCGGAUGACGUUGCUGUGCUAGCGUCCGUCAAUGGCUCUCUCGCUGGUUCGGUGUCCGGUGCGGAUCAGGAUGGUCGUAGUGAGGCUGGCUUUUCGGAAGGUGGCUUCAGCGAGGUCAGCGCUGGCGUCAUGACGCCGAGUAGCUGGAGUGAGAUUGGGAGCGAUGAGGGGAGCGAGUGGAAUCAGGGGCACGGUCAGGGUGUGGCUGGUCACUGA